AUGGGGGGGCCGCGAGUACCGAAACCCGGAGAACCCGGAUAUGAAGCAUAUAUGGAAGAAAGAAAAGUCCGGCUCAAUGACGCCAGCAGACGUUCCUACCAGCGCAGGAGAGAGAGAUUGAGAGCUGAGGCUGAAGCAGCGGCAGCAGCGACAGGAUCAACGAUCGGGCCGCCUCCAGGUUAUGAACGACCUCCUAAGCAUGGACGAGAUGAUGAUGACGACGAAGGAGACAACGGCGAGGGGUCAUCUAAGCGUCCGAAAACACCAAGCGCACCCAGGCCCAAGAGAACAACACGAGCACGGGCAAGGAGAGCAAGCCCAACACCAGAACCAGAACCAGAACCACAACCAGAGGCUCCAAUUAUUGCGGUACGACCUACAGCCUCGGAUGCAAGACCGGGGAUGGGGCACGACUUGUCGGGUAUGCAGGCGCUCUUUGACGCGACAUACGGUGCACCCCCCAGUCAGCCUGAACCCACAAUUCAAAACAAUUUGACGACCGCUCCCAGCGAAGUCAGCUCCCAUUAUGUUCCUUCCAGUGCUGCGACGGAGAGUGUGGAAGGACGUCGAGUGUUGAGAUCGUCGACGCGCGCACCAACAGGUUCAGUUGCCAGUACCAGCAAUCUCACCACCACUACUGAUCUGUCCACUGUUGUGGCGGAUAGUGCGGCUCGUUUCCUUGCUGCGAUGGCCAGUCUGCCUUCCACCAAGGGUUCGAGGCCUGGUGCUGCUACCUCCAGUACCGUUACCACCAGGGCGGCUCCUGCCAGUGAUGUUACCACCAACGACGCGCACCCUGAUGAUGCUACGAUGGCCAGUCUGCCUUCCACCAGGGCUUCGAGGCGUCGUUCUGCUACCCCCAGUACCGUUACAACCAGCGCGGCUCCUACCAGUUAUGUUACCACCAACGACGCGGACCCUGAUGAGUCGUGGAGGGCGGAGUCCCCUUCGCCUUCGGACUCGGAAGACGGGAAUCCCAGUUCUGAUUCUUCGGACUCGGAAAACGAGAAUCACAGUUCUGAUUCUUCUUACACGGAACGACGGCCCACGCAACGACGGCCCACGCAACGGCAGCCCACGCAACGGCAGCCCACUGCACCUUCGACAAGCAGCUUUCGGUCCGUAGAGCCAGAAUACCGGACCCGUCGACAACUGGAGCAAGAUGCCAUUAGAAUGGCUAACUCCAAUCUGGCCGCUCAUAGUUUGACCAAUCCAUAUGGCUGGACCACAGGAACCUUGACGUACGUCCAUUGGUUACCGCUGCCGCCUGUUGACUAUCUCGCACAGCUGGUAAAGCACCUGCAUCGCCCGAAUUCCAGGAAGAACAUGCGCGGUAUCAGUAGGAAUUACUAUGACGUCUACAUCUAUCAUUUCGGGGAUCACUACAAGCUAAGGGCGAAUAUGGAAAUGGACUAUGCCGCGCUCGUGCCUAUCGUCGUCGACUGUUAUGCGAGGAAUGAUGGCAGGCCAAUCGGGGCUUCAACGGGUACCAUUUGCGAUCGAUGCUGGUUUCAUGGCUCUCGGUGUACAUCAACAGGAGACAAUUCGUGUAUGGCUUGCAACAGAGCACAUCAACCCUGCACCUUCACCGACCGACGCACUUUCGUCACACGGCACCUAGCUGGUACUGCUCAGUACAACUGGUCCAUUCAGCACACUGGAAAAAUACCGAAGGAGACCGCAACUCCAAAUGCCAGCCGGCUGUUUGUUAACUGGGAAGACACCACGUUGUACCCACUGCCGCCUUUGCCGCCGCCUGAUACCGACGUGGUGAGGCGAGGCGCAAGCAGCGAGCGAGAGCGUUUUAAGAAUAGGGUUCCUCUGCCGCAGUUACCUUUCAACAGGCCGUAUCAGGUGCCAGACAGCAUGAUUGAGAAAUACCCGCAUCUGGCAAAUGCCGGGCCAUGGCCACUUCCAGAGCCAUUCCCGACCAGUUAUGAGCAAUGGGUUGGUAGGGAGUCGGACGAAGCUUAUGAAGAGCGACGUCGCAGGUGGGACGAAAUCGCCGAGUACUUGGCAAUUGCGAGGGAUAAAUAUAAAAAGACUGUCAAUUCAAAAACCUACGUCCCGAGAGCCAAAAUUGCACGCACCCGUGAGCAGCAAAUGACCUUCAUGAGGAAGCAGUUCUUUGCAUACAAGUACGAUUUUCUAGAUAAGGGGAGGUCUAAGCCACGGGGACGCGAGAGAUACCGGAUAGAAACGGCGGGCGAGGAUUCGACGGCUCGGGCACUGGCUCGGGAAACGGAACAUGGUGUCUAUGAGGAAUCGGAGCACGAGAGCGAAGGCGAGGGCAAUGGUUCAGCUGCAGGCCGAAAUCGUCUUCGUCGUGCUGCUCGGGAUCGAGCUCUAGCUCAAGCUGCAGAUCGAGCAGGUCGCCGGGAAGGUGCGGCAUCAGUGAAUACUCUCGAGGACCACGCCAACGACGUGUUGGACAAGCUGGAGAAACUGAAAGACGUGCUCAACCAACGCCAGCUUGGUAGCUACGCCGACGUCCUCCAGUCAGUCAACCGGUUUAUUGGCUUCACACGUGGCAUCGGUGCCCGGGUCCGAGGAGAACUUGAUUCCACGCCGGCUGAUUCUCUGGAUCCUCCUACGGCUCCUCCCAUGGCUCCUACUAUGGCUCCUCCUAUGGCUCCUCCUGUGGCUCCUCCUAUGGCUCCUACUAUGGCUCCUCCUGUGGAUCCUGCUAGCCGUUAUCCUCUGGAUUAUACUCCUUCGCUUAUUUCUUCUCCGGCUCUUUCUCUCCCCAGUGCUCGACACCAGCCGUCUCCUAACUACAUGGCUCCAACUCAAUUCAAGCGCCCACGAAGAAACGUUCCUACCCCCAAUCAGCCAUCUACACGUCGCCAGAAUGCCACGACCGAUAACCAGCGCAAGCUCCAACAGGUACGCGAGAGACGGGCCAAGAGACAGAACGCCAGCUCCCGUGUCCAAGAACGUGAAGAUCCUGUUUCUUUCAUUGACCCUGCGAUCCUUGGUUCCGGGGGUGUCACCCACGCCCCUCCACCCGCUGCCCCCACACGUCCCGUACGCUCUCGGCAACCCCAACAGCUUCCUGGUGGAAAUAUAUCUAACGGGCUUGACUUCGACGAGGCUCAAGGGCCCUUGGAGAUGACGGAGGCCGCUUUCCCUAAUCCCCGUCGCCCGUCUAGACGAAAUGCCGCCGCACCCGCCAACAAUGCCAUGCCCUAUGCCCCCGCGUCUAGCUACCAGGGGCAUUAUAAUCAGCCGGCCGACUCAGACGACGAUGGCUUUGACAAUCAGUGGCAUCAGGCCCAGGAGUAUCCUGAACCUCCGUCGUCUGACCUGCCCGAGCCUAUCAUUCCGCCGCCUCUGCAGCCUCCACAGCCUCCGCAGCCUGAGCAGUCUGCUCCGACGUCGAAGAAGCCUAGAAAGGAGCCUACUAGGCGCAGUCGGAGGAUCCAGAACGCUUCCUCGAAAGCUGACUCAAGAGCUGACUCGAGAGAUAACUCGGAUGUGGACAUGAAUGACGCUUAA